AGAGAUUCAGGGCCGAAAGCGACAUGAACAAUUAGGUGCGUCGGCGUCGACGUUUUCCAACCGCCGCUCUCCGUUCGUCUCCUCCCCCGCGUUUCAUGGCUUCUCUCGUCCACCACUUCGCUCCUCGAACACUUCCCUCUCCUUCUUCCUCGCUCUAUGGAGAGCUGCGCCCCCCUCUUCCCACGCUCGCUCCGUCUCGCUUCGCCCAAUCCUCGAGCAGGAGAAGCUCCCAACCUCGGCAUCCAUGGCGAUCACGCCGAGACCAGCUCCGUCUUCGAUUCCCGUCGCUUCUCCGACCCCUCUCCUCUCCGCCCAGGGUUUCCUCGAAGCCCGCGGCCGGAUCGUUCGAUUCGGACGGGGAGAUGAAGAACCCUAGCUUCGUGGAGUUCGUCACGUCGGAGAGGGUUAAGGUGGUGGCGAUGCUGGGGCUCGCUCUCGCGCUCUGCAAUGCCGAUCGCGUGGUGAUGUCGGUCGCCAUCGUCCCUCUCUCGAGGGCGCACGGGUGGACCCAGUCCUUCGCCGGAAUCGUUCAGUCAUCUUUCCUCUGGGGAUAUCUCUUGUCCCCUAUAAUUGGAGGUGCACUAGUGGACUACUAUGGGGGAAAGCUAGUUAUGGCAUGUGGAGUAACUUUAUGGUCAAUGGCCACUUUCCUUACCCCAUGGGCUGCUGAGACUUCUUUGUGGGCGUUGCUUGCUAUGAGAGUUCUUCUGGGUGUUGCGGAAGGAGUGGCGCUGCCUAGCAUGAACAACAUGGUAUUAAGAUGGUUUCCUCCAACAGAACGAUCUAGGGCUGUUGGGAUUGCAAUGGCCGGAUUCCAGCUUGGCAGUGCAAUUGGGCUACUACUUUCUCCUAUUAUCAUGUCGCGGGCUGGACCUUUUGGUCCCUUUGUUAUUUUUGGAUUAUUUGGAUUUCUUUGGGUCUUGGUAUGGCUUUCUGUAGCGUCAAGUACUCCUCACAAGCAUAGCCAGAUAUCACAAUAUGAGCUGAACUAUAUAACGAGUCAAACGCUGGCUAGCCCACUCAUUGAAGAACCAAAAAAGUCCAAAGUGAUCCCUCCAUUUAGGAAACUCCUAUCUAAAUGGCCGACAUGGGCUCUGAUGUCAGCAAAUGCAAUGCACAGCUGGGGUUACUUCGUUAUCCUUUCAUGGAUGCCAGUUUACUUCAAUACAAUAUAUCGUGUCAACCUGAGGGAAGCUGCAUGGUUUAGCGCCCUUCCUUGGGUAAUGAUGGCAGUUUUAGGAUAUGUUGCUGGUGUUGGUUCUGAUAUGCUGAUCAAAUAUGGUACUAGCGUUACCGCAACUCGAAAAAUUAUGCAGUCAAUUGGCUUUGUCGGUCCUGCUAUUGCUCUUCUUGGUUUAAAUGCUGCGAGAAGCCCACUUGCAGCCUCUGCCUGGCUUACAACUGCUGUUGGUUUGAGUUCUUUUAGCCAUUCUGGUUUUCUAGUGAAUCUACAGGAGAUUGCCCCACAAUAUGCCGGAGUCCUCCAUGGAAUGUCAAAUACCGCUGGAACAUUAGCUGCCAUUUUAGGAACAGUCGGAGCUGGUUUCUUCGUGGAGAGGAUGGGUUCUUUUCGUGGAUUUUUGAUGCUAACAUCAUUUCUGUAUUUUAUCAGUGCGCUUUUCUGGAACCUUUUUGCGACCGGUGAGCGUGUUGAUUUCAAAUGAGCUGCCAAUAUUUCUGUUAUUUUCCGAUAUGUAGGCUCAUACAUAUAACUUCAUCUGGAAAAGAUUAGUUCAUCUUCCUGAGGAAAGGUAUCAUGUUGACCUGCUUAGAUAAUCAGUUAUGACAAGUUCAUAAUCCGGACCCACUUUUCAAAGUCAUAGCAGUGUGGAUCAUGUGUAUCAUGCAUGUUUCUUUUACUUCAUAGGACUGGGAGAGAACCCAAAUACAUAUUUGACUUUUUUCUGUUAGAUGUUAUACGGGCACAGGGGGAACAAAUUCCUGAUAGUAGAAAGUUCUUUUAUAGAUGAUCUUAAGGGUUUAUUCUAUCGCCUCACCUGGAGGAAUAGGUUUUAAGAGGCAAGCCACUAGAUUGUCAUUUCCAUUCAACGUAGAAUUUCACUUUGAUUACUUUAAAGUUGACCAAAACAUGGUUUUUAUCUGUUGAUGAAUUAGUUUCUAGCAGCUGGCUGAUAUUUCUGCUAUAAUUGAUUGAAUUGUAUAGCUGAUUGAAUUGUU